AUGGAUUAAGAAUAAAAGUAUCACUUUCAUAUUCCUUUUGUUAAUAAUUAAUAAGAGAAAAAGGAGGAUAUAAAGCUUACAAUUAUAGGUUUGAUUGAUGUUUCAGCUUCAAUGUAUACCAGAUGGGAAUGGGUAGCUAAUUUUUGGAAUAAAUCAAUACCAAAAGAUAAUUUAAUUACAUUGACUUUUGAUCAUAGAGCAAAAAAGGUUUAUAAUAACAUUCUAUCUUAAAAUAUUGAGGAUCAUGGUGAAGGAACUACAGAAAUAGUUCCUGCAUUUGAACUUUUAGAGAAAGAAAUAGUAAUGGUUCCCUAAACUCAUAAUAUUACUAUAAUAUUCAUUAGUGAUGGUUAAGAUAAUAAUGUAAAAACUAUAGAAUAAAGAAUGUAAUAAAAAUUAAAGGGAAAUGUUUAAAAAAGAAAUAUCAAUUUUAUUUGUUUGGGAAUUGAAGAUGAAUUCCCUACAUUUUUAGCAAUGAAGUUAAGAUAAUUGUAUCAUAAAGGAGAUCCUUAAAUUCCUGCAUUAUAUCUAAUUGAACAUGCAUCUGAAUAAGCUUUUUAUAAUAAAUUUGAAAUAAUGAAAAGGUAUUUUUAUUCUACAAAAAUGAUACGUGUAAAUAAUGUUGUAAAGUUAUUUCCAUAUGAUGAAGAAGUUACAGAUGAAGUAUAUGAAGGAUAAUGGGUUUAUGGAUAAAAACCUGACCUAAAGUUUAUUGAUUACCCUAAUAUUUAGAUAAUUCCAAUAGAAUAAAAUAAUCUUGAAAUUGAUGAUGUGGUUGAUCUCUUUAGAUCAUGGGUUCAAAAUAUAUAAAUUAGAAUUAUGGGAAAAAAUGAAGAUAGUAGAGAAAAAGCUAAGAAAUGUUUAUAAAUUGUUAAUUUAAUUACAAAUAGAUUAACAGAAUACUUUUAGAUGGAUGUAUUGAAUUUCAAAAUGGAAGAAAUUAAUGAUCCUAAUUAACCUUUUAAAAUUAGAGCAAAAAGAAAUUAUGCAUAUAAAUAUGGAAAUAAAUUAUUAUUUUUUGUGAAAGAAUUAACAUAAUUAUCAGAAGGAUCUAAUCCAAAUGAAGUAGAUGAUUUUGAAGCAGCAAAAAGAUUGAAUAUUGGUACUAUUGUUGGAAAGCAUCAUUAAAAGGCUUUGGCAUUGAAAGGUAUUACAGUAUAAGAAUUUAAAUAAAUAAAAGUAGAAUUUUAAUAAAUUAUUUAAAAUUGUAAAAUUAAUCCUUUAAAUGAAUAAGGUCAAGAAAGAUCUGUAAUAUCAUUAGAAAAUUUUAGAGAUAUUCUCUCAUAAAAAUAAGAUAUUUUAGAAGGAUUAUAAUUCAUAAAAACUUAAUAUGAUUUUGCUGAAACAUUUCCUUUAAUUGGUCAUGGAUUGAAAGUUAAGAGAAAUGAUGGAUCUUUUGUUAAUCCAUGGUUAAUUUAAGUUUAAUCUUUUGCAAAGCAUAAUAAAGUUAUAGAUUCUGCCUAUUUAAUCAAAAAUAAUUUCAAUAUCUAAUUGUAAAUUGGUGAUAAUUAAACUGAAGAGAUCAAUUGUAUAUUACCAUUAUUUCCAUAAUCUGAUAAUGAUCUAUAAGCUGUUCUUAGAUCAAGAAUAAUUAAGUUGUUAUUAACAUUUAUGGUAUAGUAAAAUGUAGAUACUCUUUAUGAAGAAACUUAUUUGGCAUUGUUAUCAAAUUCAUUAAUAAAUGUAUUGAAAAAAUAAAAAUCAUAAUGGUAGACUGAAAUAAUUGAAUAAAUCUUUGAAACUACAAAGCUAGUUUAUGCAGGAACAUAAAGUUUUGAAAAGUAUUUAUAGAAGCUUAUGAAUAAUCCCAAUUAAGCUUAUUUAGAAAAAGAAGCAGAAUAUGAAGAUUAUGUAUCAACAGCAAAACCCUUCAUUCAUUUGUUUUAUUUAGCUAAAUUAGGUAAUGUUUUGAAGGAUUUUGAAUUAGAAAUAGAAAGAUUAAUUAUUUAUUAUUUUAUUAGAGAAUAAUACAAACAUUAAUAAUAAUUAUCUUAUUAUCUUAAAUUAAAAUUAGAAAAAUAAGAUGAAAAUUUUGUUUAAGAAUAAUUGAAGACAACUUUUGAAAAACAUGUUAGCAUCAAAAAUUUUAGGAAUGCAAUUACAAAAGAAAUUGAAGAAACAAUAUUAGAUAAAUAUCAAAAGGAUUCUACUAUGAUUGGUUUAAAUGAGGACAAAGUUUUCAAUUAAGAUUUGAAGUUAACUUUAAGUUCUAUUGAAGCCUUUUAUGAAUAAUUUAAAGGUGUUAAAUUUGAUCAAUAAAGAUAUGUUCAUAUCAUUUAUCACACACUUAGAUUGUCAGAGAACGAGGUUUUCUUAAAAAAAGUUGAUUAUAAUAACUUAAAAGAAAUUUCAAAAGCUUUAAUUUUAGAAAACAAAGUAAAUUUAACUAAAGGAACAUCAGGGAUCAAACACGCUUUAGAAAAAGAAUAUUAAGUUUGGUUUAUAAAAAAUCAUAUGAUGGUUCAACCAUUAACAUAUGAGUAAUUACAAAUUGAAUGUUAAUAAAAAGGAAUAAAUGUAAAUACUAUAGCUUAUAAUGUAAAAUCUGGAUUAAGUAGUAAUUGCUGUAUGGCAAAGUAAUGUCCAUUUUAUUUAAUUGUUAAUGGUUUAGAUUAUAAAAGACAUGUUUAAACAUGGGGGAAGAAGGUUCCUUAAGGUUUUCAUUAAUAUGUAAGAGAAGAGAUUUUGAAAGGAUAAAGUAUUUAAUAAAUUAUUUAAUCCUCAAGUCAAAAAUGGAAGAAAUUUCCUCAACUUUAUUUAGGUAAUGAAGAAGUAGUUCAUUAAUACAUUAAAUUGAUUUCAGAGUCUUUACCCAAAGAAUAUUAAAUAUAGGAAUUACCUAAAAUAUAAUUAUUGCAUAAUUAAGUUAAAUUAACAUUCCCAAAAAAAUAGAAGGUUAAGAAAUAUGGAAAUAAAAGAGGAUAAAAAAGAUAAAAUUAUAGAGGUAAUGUAAGAGGUCGUGGAAGAGGCAGAGGUAGAGGUAGAGGAAAUUGAGUUUGUAUUUUUAUAAUUUUCUAAAUUAUUAUUAUAUAUUGUAUACUANGCAGAAUAUGAAGAUUAUGUAUCAACAGCAAAACCCUUCAUUCAUUUGUUUUAUUUAGCUAAAUUAGGUAAUGUUUUGAAGGAUUUUGAAUUAGAAAUAGAAAGAUUAAUUAUUUAUUAUUUUAUUAGAGAAUAAUACAAACAUUAAUAAUAAUUAUCUUAUUAUCUUAAAUUAAAAUUAGAAAAAUAAGAUGAAAAUUUUGUUUAAGAAUAAUUGAAGACAACUUUUGAAAAACAUGUUAGCAUCAAAAAUUUUAGGAAUGCAAUUACAAAAGAAAUUGAAGAAACAAUAUUAGAUAAAUAUCAAAAGGAUUCUACUAUGAUUGGUUUAAAUGAGGACAAAGUUUUCAAUUAAGAUUUGAAGUUAACUUUAAGUUCUAUUGAAGCCUUUUAUGAAUAAUUUAAAGGUGUUAAAUUUGAUCAAUAAAGAUAUGUUCAUAUCAUUUAUCACACACUUAGAUUGUCAGAGAACGAGGUUUUCUUAAAAAAAGUUGAUUAUAAUAACUUAAAAGAAAUUUCAAAAGCUUUAAUUUUAGAAAACAAAGUAAAUUUAACUAAAGGAACAUCAGGGAUCAAACACGCUUUAGAAAAAGAAUAUUAAGUUUGGUUUAUAAAAAAUCAUAUGAUGGUUCAACCAUUAACAUAUGAGUAAUUACAAAUUGAAUGUUAAUAAAAAGGAAUAAAUGUAAAUACUAUAGCUUAUAAUGUAAAAUCUGGAUUAAGUAGUAAUUGCUGUAUGGCAAAGUAAUGUCCAUUUUAUUUAAUUGUUAAUGGUUUAGAUUAUAAAAGACAUGUUUAAACAUGGGGGAAGAAGGUUCCUUAAGGUUUUCAUUAAUAUGUAAGAGAAGAGAUUUUGAAAGGAUAAAGUAUUUAAUAAAUUAUUUAAUCCUCAAGUCAAAAAUGGAAGAAAUUUCCUCAACUUUAUUUAGGUAAUGAAGAAGUAGUUCAUUAAUACAUUAAAUUGAUUUCAGAGUCUUUACCCAAAGAAUAUUAAAUAUAGGAAUUACCUAAAAUAUAAUUAUUGCAUAAUUAAGUUAAAUUAACAUUCCCAAAAAAAUAGAAGGUUAAGAAAUAUGGAAAUAAAAGAGGAUAAAAAAGAUAAAAUUAUAGAGGUAAUGUAAGAGGUCGUGGAAGAGGCAGAGGUAGAGGUAGAGGAAAUUGA